CCCAUAGAGCUACAAACCAUGAGGUUGACCUCAUCUCAGCCCACGUACACGUGUAUUCAGCAUGCAAGAGCAUGCUUGGAACUGCUUGGCGCCGGGAGUUUAUGCACUUCAUUCAGUCUUUGGCGGGAAUCAUCAAAUAUUAGCCUUCAAGAUUAAACUGGACAUUGGAGGAAUAAGAGCACGGCUCAAUUAUAAGUCAUCGUAAAUCAUCGGCCGUUAUGAAUGUCCUAAGCAACAGAAUGUCAACCACCUGGCUCCUUAGAUAUCAUUUUUUCUGCUGGAAGAGAUGUUUCCAGUCGAGGAUUGGUCCUACAAAAUCCAGGCAAAUCUGGACUCCUGCAGAGCUCCCAAAAUCUCCAGCCAUUCAACCUGCUGUCAGUACUGGUGCUGUGACAGAUUCUUCAGGCAGUCGCAUGUCUAUGAGGGGACCAGUGUUACCACCCCAAAUUAUCAAUUCCUUCUGGACUUGCAAACAACUUGAACCUAAUGUUGGCCACUCAAAUUCAAGGAACUUGUCAACAUCCAGUGCUGCAUUACUGGACCACUCUCAGGAGAAGGAGGGCAGAAGAGUCAAUGUGGCAGCAGAGAAUAACAAUCUAGAUGGUACAAUGGGUGAAAAAUCCAGGGAAGGUGCCGCUUCACCAUUAGAGGAUCUUGAAGAAACAGAUGAGUGCUUGUCAGCAGAGCAGUGGAAGUUGCUGAAGGAAGAGUGGAAUCAGAAGGCCCUACCGCACCAGUCCCAGACACUGUUCGAGUCACGCACGAUGGCCCGCCUCUGCAAUAAAUCGUUCUUUCAGAAAGGGCGCUCCCUCAUGGACUUCAUCCGUCGAGAGGAGGUACCCCUGACGUACCCUCUGAUGAGUUCCUAUCUGUAUCUCUGUGUCUGUGAGGGCCACCAGGAGGAACUGUUUUCGGUUUAUAAUUGGUUCACCGCCAACCAUCCGGUGUUGGACGACGGGGUGCUGACCAAUCUCAUUGCCGGUUUCUCCCAGACUGACCGGUGGCGGGAGAGCCUGAGAUUCCUGGAGGACUUGAAGCAGGUCGGGGCACCGUCUGCCCGCAAUUACCAGCUCAUCAUCUGCACUGCUUGCGAUCAGGGGGAGUACAACCUGGUUGAAGAGCUUCUCCAAGACCUGUACAGUCGUGGCAACUGUCCCUCUGAGCAGACUUGUCUUAAGCUGCUGCAAACCUUCCACUGCGAGACUGAGGAUGUUGCCUUCUGUGAUCGAAGUACCAAGCUGGUCAGUGAGCUGCUGAGGUAUUUUUCUUCUAAGAGACUCUACCCAUCUGUGGCUGUGGGUAAUGAGUUAAAACACUGGUUUCAUAGGAGGCAAGGAGAAGUGUGGAAGGCAUCAAUGACCAGGGUAACUAUAGGUGGGAAGUGUAAAUGCUGCGGCUCCAGGCUGGAGUCGCUAGACAUCGGCGAGGAGGAAUUCCUGAACCUUCAACAUCAAAUCACAGAGAAGGUAAUUAAGGGAGGAGACAUCUUCCAGAAGACCCGCCCGGAUGAGUUUGAAGCCUUUAUGGAAUUCGUGGAUGAGGGGGCUCCGUAUGAUAUCAUCAUUGAUGGGCUCAAUCUUGCCCACAUACGGAAGAACACACUGCCGUCAAAAUUGCUGAGACAGUUUGUGGUGUAUCUGGCCCAAGAGUGCGGCCUCAAGUGUCUGGUCUUGGGACGACAGCACAUGCUGCAGUACAGCCGAGCGUGGACCAGGCAUCACAUGGAUGUCAUACGGGAUCUUGCCGACUGCUUCUUCACCGAAAAUAUUUCUGAAGACGAUCCAUUCAUGUUGUAUGCAACCCUGCACAGUGGCCCCAAGGCCUGCUAUGUGUCACGUGACAUGCUGCGAGAUCACAAGGCGUUACUCGAUCAACCCACCCACAUAUCAUUUGUCAAAUGGCAGAGAGGACACCAGAUAUACCCGCUGGGCAUCGAGGGGAGAAAAGCUGUUUUCAAAGACAGGAUUGCAUAUGACACCGUGGCCCAGUGCAGUGACACAGGCUGGCACAUCCCUUGCGACGACGGCCUCCCACGAUACUCCUACCAAGUACCACUGGAUUGGCUGUGUGCCAGGAGAGUCAAAUGAGGCCAAAGUGCCCACAUAUUCACGAACAACGGAAGAAACUCUGCAAAAGGCCAUAUUCUGUGCUGUUUGGCUUGACCGUGGCGGGAUGGUAAAAUGAAUGAAAGAACCCAAGAGUUACUAGUGAUAAACAGAUAGCCGUUGUUCUUUUUUGGUUAUGUGCCAUUCUGCCAUUCAGCUAGGUAUACCUGUAGUCACUGAACACAUCGCGAUAAUACAAUACCCUGUCGGCAGUGACGAAAUCUGAGACUUUACUUCCCCUUUGGAAGACAGUCUCCCACUGCCUUGAAUUGGAAGGAAACGGUGAUCAGCUGAUGACGGACGGGCCAAGCCACAAGAUCAACAGACUAUGCA